AUGCAUCCCUCCCUCAUCACUCGCGUCCCUGCUCAUAGCAGCGGCAGGGGCUCCGCUGCCUCAGGCGGUCUGCUGGCUCAGACAGCAACGCACUCGCCUGCAUUCUUUCUUGAGAGUCCGUGGAUUGCAUAUGUUACCCAGAUGAGCCACAUACCAAUGAAAGUGAGCAAAGAGGAGAACCAGGACUGGUUCAGCACUCAGGUCUUGGCCACCUGUAAUGUUGAACAGUCCUUUUUCAACGACUGGUUCACUGGGCACUUGAACUUCCAAAUUGAGCACCAUCUGUUUCCCACAAUGCCACGCCAUAAUUACCACAAGGUGGCACCUCUGGUGAAGUCACUGUGUGCCAAGCAUGGACUGCCAUAUGUGAAUAAGCCCAUGUUGAAGGCAUUUGGAGAUACUCUCAGGGCCCUGAAGAAGUACGGAGCCCUCUGGAAGGAGGCAUACCGCAUUCAUCCACAAACAUAAUGCAGAUGUGCAGGUGCUAAAGAGAAAACCACAGGCCCCAAAAGUGUCACUUGUGCUAAAGCCCAUGAUACCAAACCUCUACAAUACCUGACAUAAUUGCAGUUACAGCCUUCCCCAGAAAUGUAAUCUUAAUCAACUAGUCUGGAAUUUUGGG